UUUCCAAACUAGUUAUAGUGUCCAUAAUAUGUUCAAAGUCCUUUGUCUAUUGAAACCUAUAUGGAAAAGUCAUUGUUUACAUAUAUUUAGAAUGAACAACUAUUCUGCUACUGUUCGUAGUUUUUACGCUAGUCCGUUGCGUAGUGUUCCUAGUUCUGGAAUGAAGGAGCGUGACACUUUUCCUACCGACUCAAGUGAAAGACUACAAAAGUUUCUUAGUAAUAGUGGUAUAGCAUCCAGGAGACACGCAGAAGAACUCAUCAGCUCCGGUAGAGUAAAAUGCAGUGGAAUAGUGGUCACUACUCUUGGUACCAAGAUAUUUCCGGAAAAGGAUGUUAUUGAGGUGGAUGGAAAAGUAGUUUAUAAGAGAUCCUGUUUUCGUUGGGUCAUGGUGAACAAACCUUUUGGACUUAUUACAACAGCAAGAGAUGAUCGUGGUAGAAGGACGGUUUGUGAUUUAGUGAAGGAUGCCCAUAAGGAUGGCUUGGUUCCAGUGGGUCGUUUGGAUCAAGCAAGCACGGGUCUCUUAUUAUUAACCAACGAGACUAACUGGAUACACAAAUUGCUCCAUCCCAAGUUUGGACACUCCAAGGAAUAUAUCGUUUGUGUACAAGGAAGAGUUGAAGAGAAAACUUUGGACAAGUUAAGAAGAGGUGUACUUCUUCCAGGAGAAGAAAAGGCUACAGUUCCAGCUGUCUUUAAGGCUUUUGCAUGCUAUGCGGAUCGUAGCUAUAUCCGCGUAGUCAUUCGAGAGGGCAAGAAACGUCAGAUUCGACGAAUGUUUCUUACAGUGGGUCAUAUUGUAUUAUCAUUAGAGCGUAUACGUUUUGGUUCCUUGUUAUUACCUACCGACCUAAAACCUGGAAAAUGGAGAGAUUUGUCACCAUCUGAAGUAACCAAGUUGAAAACAGAGCUGGGGCACUUUAUAAAAGGAAAGAGUCUCGCUUAGGUUGGAAUAUGUUUUCGAUGAACGACAAGUUGUCGUUUGAUUGUAACUUUUACUCAUCUUUUUCAUUCAACAUAACAACUGGUAGUAGAAUUAUAUGGUUUAUUAUAUAGUAAGGAGAAAGAAUGGAUAGGCACAUUGUGUUUGAGUUGUAUUUUGAAAUCUAAAGAGUACGUGAUUAGACAAGUGGACGGGAAAACUUCUCAAGGUAGCUCAUGCACUUGAUAACCAUUCGUGAAGCCUAAUGAAUAUAUUACUUUCAAAAUGGUUCCAGUGAGUCCUUUAUACUGUUAGUCAUAUCUUUCAAGAUGAUUCCAGAAAGAUGAAGCUAUUGGAACUCGUCAAAAAAUAGACUAAUCGUUUCCAUAAGACUGUCAGAAAACCUUCUGAAACAAGCCUAAACAUUCACUUUCAAUAAAAUAGAUCCGAUACUUUUCAUAGGAUCCUAUUUUGUAUAUGUGUAUAUAUAUAUAUAUAUAUAUAUACAAUGACAAGCUUAUUUUUCUCUAUUAUCAAAUAUGUCUUUCUCAAAUGAAGAUUUGUUCUGAUAUUCCUCCACACUUGAGUAUAGUUUGUCAUUUGAAGACUUAAGAACCGAUCCUAGAAUGUAGGUUGUCUAGACUACAAACAAGGAAACGAGAAGAUAUUUAUACUCAAGGCUAUCAACUAGAAGAUUUGUAUCAC